UUUGGUUGACCUCUUGCAGUCUGGUUGUGUCUCUGGGUAAUUGUGCUUUGAAUGCCUGAGCACAAGUUUUCCACUACAUACUGAUUUCUUUCAGCAAUGGAGUCCCAGUAUCACCAGUUUGGAUCAUCAGAUAGCAGCUCUGUCCAUGAAGAACCCAAAAUCCUCUCACAGACAGGUAUGAAGAGGAUAGUGAUUUUUGUGCUUUAUGGCCUCCUGGUGCUGCUGCUGCUGAUUCUGCUGAUGGUGACUGGGAUCAAAUUCUCCCAUUUAAGCAAGGAAAUCACUGAUAUCAAACAGCAUCUUGAUAAAAUGAACCAUGGAGGAACAACAUCAGCGCUCAGUUCAGGUGAAACAACAGUGACCGAUGUCUUCUUAGAGGAACUCAGCCCAGUUAGAGGAACAUGUGCCGAAGGCUGGGUGUCUUACCAGAGUCACUGUUACCUGCUAGCCACCACCAGUGUAACCUGGAGCAAAGCAGAGGAUCUGUGCAAAGCACACGGAGGACACCUGCUGGUUCUGAACAAUGUGGAGGAACUGGACUACAUUUCAAAAAUUAUUCCAGUCCGACAUAACUACUGGAUCGGACUCGUGGAACGACAGCAUGAGGGACAGUGGAGCUGGGUGGAUGGAACUGACUUAAGAUCAACCCCAAUGUUCUGGGAUAAAGGUCAGCCAGACGACUGGGACUACAGAGAGAACGGAGAGGACUGCGGGCAGCUUCAUGGUUCUGAAAGACGCAAACGCAAACUGCUGAAUGAUGCUGAGUGUACGCAGUCAUACCGAUAUAUCUGUGAAAAAAGGGCAUGAAAAACCCCCUUCCCCACACACUCACACACACCUAGUAUGGCAGACCCAGUAUAGCGCGGUGAAGUCUAGAAUGAUGGAAAUGGAUGUUACUGAUUCUGGUGUGUCAUAAAAAUGGAUGAAAUAUGCAUUCACAUGUUUUAGGCUUUUCUUGAAAAUAAAUCUAUAGCUAUGGAAACAAUAGCACUCGUAUUCAAUCAUUGUAUUAUU